AGAAGAGUGAAGCCUGGAGGACCGGUCGGAUAACCAAUGCAGGGCAUGGGGCUACCUGACUCCUGCUGACCUUCAGUGACGAUUGGCCCACACAGCCAUCAGUCAAUAUGCAAGGAUUCUACUCCAAGCUGGACUCGGCCCCGCUGCUGGGGGAAGGCCUCGGAGGAGACGGCGCCCCGCUCCCUCUGAGCCUGGCCGUGGAGACGGAGAAGGCUCAGGCACUCCUUCAGACCUUCAGCUCCGCCUCCCUGCUGGCGUCGGCGGGACUCGGCAUGUUCUGCGUGGUGGCGGAUCACGGCCUCCAGCUGUCCGUCAUCCAGAACCACCUGUGGCUGCGCGCCGCCCUGGACAACGCCACGCACGGAUUGGUGGGGCUGUGGUCGUGGGCGGUGGUUAUUGGACUGAGGAAAAAGAGUGAUGUGUACGAGGUGCUGCUGGCCGGUCUGCUGGCCUCCAUCAUAGACCUGGACCACUUCUAUAUGGCUGGAUCCCUCUCACUCAAGGCCGCUGUCUCCCUCCCUCAUCGUCCUCCCCUCCACUGCUCCUCCAUCAUCCCCGUCCUCUGCCUCUCGCUGCGCUUCCUCAUGUGGAUCGGACGCCUCAAAGACGCCUGGUGCUCCCUGCCGUGGAUGCUCUUCAUCUCAAUGGCGACUCACCACGUCCGGGACGCCGUGCGCCACGGCCUGUGGGUGUGCCCGUUCGGCAACACGGCCCCGCUACCCUACUGGCUGUACGUCAGCACCACGGCAACGCUGCCCCACCUGUGUUCUGUGCUCAUGUAUCUGACAGGGACCAGGGACGUGAUAUCCACCAAACACGGGGUGGCUAUCGAUGUGUAGACGUCGACUACACAUCGAUAGCUGAUCUGGUGGGGAUAAUGUUCUCUGAGACGACUUUUAGAUAUUCGAAAUUACUGGAGAAAAACAUUUGAAGGAUGAACUUAUUUUUUCAGCUUAAAUGAGAGAAAUGUUGGCGCAGAAUCACUUUUUUUUUCUCCGAUAAGGAUGAGAAAACUGUCACUAGAACAACAAAAUAUGGGUUCUCAUUGGAGUCAUGGGUAAUAAUUGGCUUCUGGGAAAAAAGUGAGUGCCCAGUAUGGAUUCUACUGCUGAUACCUGCGUCCUAUACCUGUGCUAAAUGCUCACGGAGCGACCCUUUAAAGAUUUGUCAUCGUUUGCAGAGGCGAGACGCUCUCUGGUCAUCUUCCCAACACAGGACCCUGAAUCACGUCCUGUCCUAAGAAGGAACACUCAAGGAAAAGUCAACCAAAGUUCAAACCCCCCCCCCCGACACACUUACACAUUGUUAUCAGUGUCACUCUCACCCUGAGUAUGUUCUCCCACUGUGCUUUUAAAAUGAAUCAGCCAUAGUAGUGAACCUUGUGUUGUACGUGAGUUUUAAAGGACCAGGCACAUGAUUCAUCUCUGGCCUCAUGGCUCUGCCUCUACUGCUCGGAUAACGUCCACUCAUAAAUAACCGCACCGUUUCCGUGCUAACCAUGUCGGCGGUGGUUCAGGAUGUGUUAUAGCCCUGAUUAAGUGUGGCCUCUAACUGAAGAAAACAAAGCUUAUUUCUGUUGGUCUUACGUGUCAAAAUGUGGAUUGGCUCUCAUGCUGUGUGGUAAAACAACUUGGGGAUUGAGAAGAAUUCAGCUUUUGAGAGGUACUGUAUUCGAGAUGCUGUAAGAUUUAUAUUUUGGCCACUCUCUGCCUCGCAACCGAUUUUCAUUUACAAUUUCAGUUAAGUUUUUUGAUUUGGCUCAAUUGUUGCACAAAAGCUAAGCAAUGAAAUGUCUCUUAUGUAGUGUAUACUGUCAUGGCUGUAUGACGUCUCUAUUUCACAUCUAUCACAGAAAGGCUAAGGGACCCGGAGAUGUGCUGGAUUCAUAUUUUUAAAGUUUUAAACAUUCAAGGGAACGGUUUGUUCAAAACGCCAGUAAUGUCUUUAUAUGACUUGUUGAAUUAGGAAAUAUUAAGUGAUAAAAAAUGGUGCAUUCACUUUCUGUAUAUUGUUCUACUGCAGUUUUGGUUUUGCUACUGUGAUGAAAUGAUUGAUACAAUACAUGCUGACAUAUAGUGGUGAAGCCAUGAGUUGAAAAAGGACAUUUAUUUCAAGUAUGUAUCAUGUACAAGACAAACAACAUUUAGAGGUAGGAAUCAUUACACUGCUUUACUUUCAUUCCUUAGUGUUUUAUACAUGGUGCAUAAUAUGUGUGAGUGGAUUUAGUGACUUUUAGGAACUUAUCAAGUUAUUUGAAUGUCAUUUUCAUUGUAAAAGGGAUGGGGGGGCUGCUAUCUUUUUGAAUUGGAACCGAGUGGAACUUAUGCUUAAUCACUUUUAAUUUUUUUUGUUUCCAUUUGAGUUAUUAGUUUUUUUGUGGAGCUGCUGGUGACGUAAGGUCGCAGUGAUGCUUUCUGUCCACUAGGUGGCUGCAGUGAGCUUCAAUACAUCUGGUGUUAAAGGUUGAGAAUUGCACAGAAAAUAAAAAAAUGUGCUGAAUUUCAGAAAGAAAAGGGAACUUUGUGGUUGCCAUCCCGCUCUAAUUGCCAGUGUAAUUUUAAAUAUUAUUUGCUGCUCAUGUUCAAAUGUUAAACUUUGUUUAUGCAAUAUUGAGUUGAAUUUUGCACAAUUUAAUUUAUUUUUUGUUUCAAAUGAUAUUUUUACAUGUGUUGAAUGUGUUUGUAUGGCAAAGGUUUCAAUAGGACCAAAGUAUAGAUAGAUAGUCAUGAUAGUUUUAAUGUAGUGUCAUUUUUUUCUCAAUAAAUUAUAUCCUAUGUAUACA